UUUGCCACACCCAAGAUGGCGCCAUCGGCCACUGCCGGACGCCCACAGCCUCAGCCCCUCGGCCAACCAGCCCCGCCCCACGCCACGGCGCCGAGAUGGCUGCCAGACACAGGGCCGCAGCGCCCCUCCCUUGCGGAUUACUUAAAAUGGCGGCCUCGGGGCCGGGCGCGGGGCGGGGCCGCCGGGCGCGGGGCACGCUGGGGUGCGGCGCCCGGGCUGCCGGGAACGGGGAGGAGCGCGGCCGCGCCGGCGCGUCGAGGGGGAGAGGUAGCCGCUGCGAUGGACGUGUUCCUCAUGAUCCGGCGCCACAAGACCACCAUCUUCACUGACGCUAAGGAGUCGAGUACCGUGUUCGAGCUGAAGCGCAUCGUCGAGGGCAUCCUCAAGCGGCCGCCGGACGAGCAGCGGCUGUACAAGGACGACCAGCUUCUGGAUGACGGCAAGACCUUGGGCGAGUGCGGCUUCACCAGCCAGACCGCGCGGCCUCAGGCCCCAGCCACCGUGGGGCUGGCCUUCCGGGCAGAUGAAGCGUUCGAGGCCCUGCGCAUUGAGCCCUUCUCCAGCCCGCCUGAGCUGCCCGACGUGAUGAAGCCGCAGGACUCAGGAAGCAGCGCCAAUGAACAAGCUGUGCAGUGAGGGUCUCCCUGCGCACCCCCCAAUAAAAGAUUUGGGUGUCCACCUGG